AACAAGAUAUUUGAAGUAUUUUAACCAGAAUCAAUAAUAAUGUCGUGGUCGGCGAUAUCACUUUGUUCCUAUAGCAUAAGUCAUAGUGACGAUUUUGAUUCUUGGUCUAGUGAUAAAACAAGUAAUCCUAGAUCGGUAGAGCAGUUCAGUAGCUUCGGGGACAGUGCUUGUGGAGAGCCACUGCUGGCUCAGCACAUCCAACUGGACUUUACCCCUGACGAUGAAGUAGACAACGUAAUCGUGGAGCAGAAGAUCUCAGAUUUUUGGAAAUUUAUCUCAGAAAAUCCUUAUAUUAAGAAUUUGAAAGUCAAACCGGAGAAGAUCUCAUAUUCAAGGUCGUCCACAACCGUGGAAGCUGAAGAGGACCCGCGAGAGUCAGUAUGUAAUAGAUACGACGAAAAUGUGCUAGAUACGGAUAAAAGUGCUCUUUCCAAUCUCGAAAUGAUUGACAAAAAAGGGAUCAUAUCUCGCACGAUUGCAACUAAAAUGAAGCAUUCUUUUUGCUCUUUCGGCUCAAGAGAGUACAAGGAAAAUGAACCUCAUGCUCAAAAUAAUGGAACAAGAAGAAAAAGUCGAACAGGACAGAAGUCACUGUCAGAAGUGCAGUUACUAUGCAAUACUUUAACAGAAUGGGACGCUAAACAUCCUAAGUCGAUGGAGCCGCCAGGUCAGCCCCCUUUGCUGCACCACUGCGUGAUACAACCCCAAGUCUUCCCAUAACUUUCUUAAGUUACACAGUUUAA